AAUAUUAAUAGCACCAUGAUUAAACGAUGGUUCAACUUUGCGUUGGUUAUUUUUAGUCGCGUUGUUUUAGUGAUAAUAAGUGCGAGUGUGUAUAAUGUGUUUAUUUUAAUUGAAAUUCUCUUGAAUAACACGGACGUGUGGUACCCGGAAACAUUAUUGAAAAGAAUCGAGAAAAUCCAUAAGUUUAUCAGUAAUGUUUCAGUCAUUGUUGUAAAAAAUAUAUCAAUACAGAAUUUCAUGAUGAAUGCGUUCAUGCAGUGGUUUCUUCGAUUUCUUGUUUCUCUAUUGGCGAUAAUAGUGUAUCCUCUAACGCUAUUGAUUAAUAUAAAACGAAACAAAAAAUGCCCGCCGCCCUCAAAUCCUAUACUAUUUAAAUCAGCCACUACUCUGUCUAUGAUGAUAAGAAAUAAACAGAUCACAUCAGAAGCAGUUGUAUCAGCUUAUAUAGACAGAUGUAAGGAGGUGAACCCAUACAUAAAUGCGAUCGUGGAACCCAGAUAUGAUGUAGCGUUGAAAGAAGCGAGAGCCAUAGACAAAAUGAUCAGCUCCAAUGAUCGAUCACCAGAACAGUUGGCAAAGGAAUUUCCUCUACUGGGCGUGCCUAUGACUGUCAAAGAAAGUAUUGCUGUUGGUGGUAUGAGCAACGACUGUGGUACAGUGUACCCCUACCGGAAACCAGCGACCAAGGACGCUGACAUCGUCCGUCUAGCCAGAGAAGCUGGGGCAAUACCAAUCGCAGUCACCAACACGCCACAACUGUGUAUGAACUGGGAGACUUACAACAACGUGUCUGGUCUCACCAUGAACCCUUAUGACCAGAAACGCACUACAGGAGGCUCUUCAGGGGGAGAGUCCGCCCUUAUUGCCGCAGCAGCGUCAGUAAUAGGCGUCGGUUCAGAUAUCGCCGGCUCCCUCCGGUUGCCACCCAUGUUCAAUGGUAUUUUUGGACACAAACCCACACCUCAUCUUUGGUCUAUUAAAGGUCAUGUACCCGACUCGUUGGACCCGACCUUUGAAGAAUACUUCGCCCUGGGUCCUAUAGCACGGUACGCCGAAGAUUUGACACUGCUGCUUAAAGUUUUAAAGCAACCCGGAGCUCCUGAUGUGCCAUUCGAUAAACCAGUAGACAUAACUCGCCUUAAAUUUUAUUACAUGGAAGGUGAUGGAGGCUACGUUAUGAAUAAAAUAGGCCCGGACGUGAAAAAAGCCAUGAACAAAGCUAAAAACUAUAUAAAAUCCACGUAUAAUGUAGAUGUACAAGAGCUCAAAAUCCAGAACCUUCAUCACAUGUGGGAGAUCAGCGUAAGGGUGUUGUUCAAAAUACGACAUGUUGCUAACAUUUACACCGACCCAAAUGAACGAGACCAACUGAUAUCGAUGUGGCCAGAAAUAUUAAAGAAAUUAUUCGGUAUAUCUGAUCACAGCUUAACGUGCGUUCUUUAUGGACCCGUCCAGAAAUUCUUUGAUAAAUUACCCGAAAAUUAUUAUCAGAAUCUAGUGAAAACUUUUGAGCAAAUUAAACAGGAUUUCUAUGAAGUGCUAUCAAACGAUGCUGUUCUAUUCUUCCCGUCAUUCCCGAGCCCAGCACACUUACACUACCGGAUAUUUUACAAAUUCCUGAACUGUGGAUAUCUUACAAUGUUUAACGCUCUCGGUCUACCAUCUACGAACUGUCCACUGGGAUUGACAGAUAAAGGUCUACCCGUUGGAAUGCAAAUUGUAGCUAAUAAAUGUAACGAUCAUCUCACGAUAGCUGUAGCCAAGGAAUUCGAAAAAGCUUUCGGUGGUUGGGUUCCCCCUAAUAAGGAUUUUUUUGACGGCGUUAAAACUGCUUAGAUAACGAAAUAAUUAAAGAUAUCAGCAUCACAUUGAGAGUAUUGUAGCAUUUAUACAGUCCUUCGAAAUGUGGCACAGUGUACAGAACUAAAAAGGACUGCAAUACAACGUAUGCAGAAGGUAAUAAAAUAGCUACGGUACUGGCUACUGCUUAGAGUUCUUGUAUGAUAGUUUCAUGUAAAUAAUAUAUAGGUAUUUUUUUAAGAAUAAGGUAGAAUAUUUAAGUGGUUUAAUGAUUACGCUUUGUACAUAGAGUAUUACAUCAUGUAGUACAGUUAUAACUCUUACUCUUUUUAUACCAAUAUUUUACAUAAUAUAUUUGGACCAGAAUGACAAUCUCCUAUGUACCGCGAGUAUUGAAGCGAGUAUUGUAUGCAACUAUUGUAUAAUAAUAACCAUUCACAAUCUAUCUCAAAAAUUUCUGAUACAUUAUAUGGUCACUUUAUUUUUUGAUUUUUUUAUGCCAUGAGCGGGCAACUGAAUUCAGCUGAAGGUUCGCCUGUUGGUAACUGAUCACAACCUAGUUAUUAUAUGUACAUUCUCCCCCUGUCUCCCCGUGACCACGCUCGCUGUAAAGUGUUCGAAACGUCGGGUUAAUAAUAUAAUGAAUAAAUCGCGGUUAAAAGCCGUUAACAAGUUUUUAAUUUCUAAAUGAUUACAACCUCCUAUGAACAUUUGGAGAGGUCGUAACUAUGCGAAUGCGUUGCCCGCUUUUAUGGGGGAAGGGUAUUUACAUGGACGAUUGGUAAGAAGGAAUGAACUGAUAAGGGUGAGGAAAGGGAAACGGGCCUCCGGAAUUCGUGCCGAAGCGUGCUCGACUUCCACAUUAAAUUUUUGAUAUUAUUUAUAAAGUAUAAACUAUACAGUGUAAGAUGGUUAAAGUUUAUAACAUUACUCAUAGAAAUCAUACUGAUUAUGUUGAAUAAAACUUAGUACUGACCGCUUUAAUUUGAAUAGGUACCCGUGAUAUUUGAUAUAUAGGACUAGGUUAUAUGAAUGGUGGUAUAUGAUGAUAGUGGAUAUAGGAUUUCCAAAGUUAGAAUACGCUUUGUGUAUUUCUGUAAUAGUUAUAUGAUCUAACUGUUGUAUUGUUGUCUAGUUAAUAAGUUUUUACAGAGUACUGCAUAUGUUAUUAAAAGUGGAUAUUAUUUUA